CAGCCUCUGUUUUCCUUUCUCUCUUGUUGUAGCUCUUCCCCUGCAGAGAACUCAGUCCCUCGAGUGACCUUUUCUUAAUGAGCCUCAGAUCACGAGUUAGUAAAGAAGCUUUCAGUUUACUCUUCAGAACAAAAUAAGCAUCACAUUGCAAGUCCCCGGGCAGAGCCAGAGAGUGAGGAGAGAAAGAGGAAAGAAAAACAAGGCAACGAUCAUCUACUUCUACCUUCCAAACUUAAAAAUGGCGCGGCAGUGGAAGAUGGGAGGACUCGUGUUGGUCCUACUAGUUCUCUCAGCAAUGGCAGUGGAUGCUGGAAAGGCAGAGAAAUCAGGCAAGAAGGAGCGCAAGUCGGACUGUGGGGAGUGGCAGUGGAGUGUCUGUGUGGCAAAUGUUGGGGACUGUGGCCUGGGAACAAGAGAGGGAACCCGCACAGGGAAUGAGUGCAAGCAAACCAUCAAGACUCAGAGGUGCAAGAUCCCCUGCAACUGGAAGAAGCAGUUUGGAGGUGAUUGCAAGUAUGACUUCCAGGCUUGGGGGGAGUGUGACCUGUCCACUGGCAAAAAGACCCGCACUGGAACCCUGAAAAGAGCCCUGCUGGACGCUACCUGCUCUGACCCUGUCAGUGUGACCAAGCCCUGUGGAAAAACUGUCAAGACGAAACCACAAGGUGAGCCUAAACUCCAGCAAGGUAUCUCAAUAGGUCAUGCUGGACUGAAGUAACCCAGCUGUGAAUCC